CUGACACCUCAGAGCAAGAGGCUGAUAAAAAGGGCAGCCAGCCUUCCUUCUGCAUGCUCAGAAGCCAGUGGCAGAGGCUACUCAGGAGCUUGGAAGCUGCCGGCAUCGCAGGCGCCUCACGUCGAAACACCAACAAGAACCAUGAGCCUUAACGUUGGCUUUCCAGGGACCGAUCUGAAAGUCACUGGGAUUGACUUUCUCAAGAGUCAGAACUGCCGCCAGCACCACACAGAUGCAUACAACAUUAAGAACCUGGUGGUACGGCGUGGGCAACCCUUUCAGCUCGAGCUCACCUUCAGCAGGGAGCUGAGGCCCACCGACAAGUUGUCUCUGCGUUUCGGCCUCGGUGAAAACCCAAUGAAAAUCAGGGGAACCCUGAUGUCGCUGAACCCGAUGCUUCAGCCGGACUUUGGUGGGUGGAAAGUCUCCAUCGUCAAGAAGAGCAGCACACAGUGCCUGCUGUCUAUCAUCAGCUCACCCUGGGCUCCAGUGGGAAAAUACACCCUGAAUGUGAAGACUGGGUCUAACAUUUACAACCCCGAAAUGGGUGAUAUCUACCUUUUGUUCAAUCCUUGGUGCGAAGAUGAUGUCGUCUUCAUGGCUGAUGAGGCACAGAGAAACGAGUAUGUGCUCAACGAUACAGGCUACAUCUAUGUUGGGUCUGCAUACAACAUAUACAAUAGACCCUGGAAUUUUGGGCAGUUUGAGGAAUACGUCUUGGAUGCCUGCAUGUAUCUGAUGGACAAAAGUGGACUCAGGCCGGGCAGUAGAAGGGAUCCUGUGCUUGUGUCCAGAGCCAUGUCUGCUUUGGUUAAUGCCAAUGAUGACAACGGUGUCGUGCUGGGAAACUGGUCAGGGAAUUACAGCAAUGGGACCUCCCCUAUGGAUUGGAUCGGGAGUGUUGCAAUUUUGCAGCAGUAUUACAAAACUAAGAAGCCAGUGUCUUAUGGUCAAUGCUGGGUCUUCGCAGGAGUCCUCACUACAGUUAUGCGCUGCUUGGGGAUCCCAUCCCGCUGCGUGAGUAACUUCAACUCUGCACACGAUACAGAUGAGAACCUGAGAGUUGACGUUUACCUGAAUGAAGUCGGAGAAAAGCUGACCUCGAUGUCCCUCGAUUCUGUCUGGAACUUCCACGUGUGGAACGAUGUUUGGAUGAGGCGGCUAGACCUGCCAACAGGGUUUGGCGGCUGGCAGGCAAUUGAUGCAACCCCUCAGGAGCAAAGUCAAGGUUCGUUCCAGUGUGGUCCGUGCCCGGUGAAGGCUGUCAAAGAGGGGGAUGUGUAUUUGCCCUUUGACGGCAAGUUUGUGUAUGCGGAAGUGAAUGCUGACAAAGUCUACUGGAUCGUCAAGAAGGUGAACGGCAAGAAUAAAUUCACCAGGAUUAGCACAGAGACCGAAGGCAUUGGUGUGAAAAUAAGCACAAAAGCCGUGGGGGAAGACAGGCGGGAAGACAUCACUUCACAGUACAAGUUCCCUGAAGGCUCCGUAGAAGAAAGGGAGUCUAUGGAGAAAGCUCUCUCCUUCAUACGUCCUGCAGGAAUGGUGCCUCGUGCACGCUUCGCUUCAGUUUAUCCCAUGAGUGAAAGAUCAUUAAGUCUUCAGAUCCUCGCGCCUGAGCCAGUCCCCAAGACUGGGCUCCAUCUUGAGAUAACCAACGAAGCACCUUUGCAUCCUGGCAAUCCCCUCGAACUGGCCAUUACAGUGAAGACCUCUACUCCUGGGAAAUGGACCAUCAAUCUUGUUGGCUCCUGCCAGCUGCAGUCCUAUACUGGGAAAGUUGAGGCCAGUCUUGGAUAUGUCAAGGAGACUGUCGAGCUUGAAGGCGAAUCUGAGACACAGAUUCCUCUGAAGAUCGGAGCUGACACAUACAUGAAGAUACUGGCCUCCGUGGAAGAUGAAGUGCUUGUCCAUGUCACUGCCAUUGCUGAGGUCCAGGGGAUGGAAGACAAACUCACCAAAGAGAUAACAAUGCCCUUUGAGUACCCCCCCAUCACCGUCCAGAUGCCAGAAACAGCCAAACUGAAUGAGGAGUUCACCUGUGCAUUCAUCUUCAAGAACAAGUUGAAUGUGCCCCUGGACAACUGCAAGCUGCUGGUGGAAGGCUUGGGCAUAUUUAAGAUGACAACAUUUGAUCAGGGGGACAUACAGCCUGGCAGGAUCAUUAAGUCUGAAGUAAUCUGCACACCGACAAGACUAGGAGAGAAGAAAAUGGUGGCCAAGCUGACCUCGGCUCAGCUCAAAGGGAUCUCUGCAGAGAAGAAGAUCACCAUCAUCAACUAGAAUCAGUGCCUCAGCAGGGUGUAAAUGGUGACCCGGCUAAACACAUCGCACUGUUGCGUGUCAAGGGCACUUCUGGCCUCCUUGAUUGCUGGAUAGUAAUCUCGAAGUAAAGAGCAAAAAAAUCUCAUUAAGCUAAGGGAAUUAAACUGACUUAGAGGGCACAGUUCUGUUGAUUGCAGUUAAUUGUGAUUCAAUAAAAGCUGUUAAAAUCUA